CCUCCUUAGCCGACAUAAUAAACAGAACAAAAUCAACCAUUCUGUCAUGUCAAAUUAAAUGAAUCGAUCAUCGAUCAAUGUCAAAUUGUGAAAUCAAGAGCCAGCCAACAGAAUUUUCCUCAAAUAAAAACAAAAACAACAAACCGAAAUGGCCAACACCGAGCAACCGCGCCUAAAACAUGCCCCCUACUCCAAAUCAGCUCUACCCAUUCUGGGCACUUUCAUCGACUACAUAGACACCAGCUUCGAAUACCUCUGGCACAAGACCAUGACCCAAGCCGAGGCUAUUUACGCUAAAAGGACCAGGCCAUCGCUUUCUUCUUCCUUCCUAGCCGUGGCCUGCAUGAUACUGGGUCUUAUUUGCAACGUGAAGUUCGAAGUGGUGACGAAGACUGGGGAUCCGUUGAUGAAUGACUUGCAUUUUUUGGCGCUGAGCCCUGACGAGCAUUUGUAUGUGGACGAUGUUGAUGGGGAACAUAUGCUGUGGUGCCUGGAGUCUUCGGAUUGCAUUGUACUGUUGAUCAGCUGUCUCCUCAUUUGGAAUACCACACGGGUUUCGUCCCCACUGAGCGAGUACCUCUUUCUCCCGUGGCUGGGCGCGGCGCUCCGUGGCCUGUUCCUGCGGCAGGUGCCCACGGCCGUCGCCAUGCUGUACACGGUGAUCGUGGUGAAGAAGAAGUACGUGCUGACGCCGGUGCUGCUGACCGGGUUCUCGCUGCUGUUUUUGAUCGAGUCCCGCCUGUGGGUGGAGGUGGUGCGGCUGGUGCGGCUCCGCUACGAGCAGCGCCAUCUGCCGGCCGUGGAGGUGCCGCUACAAGAUCUCCACCGUGGCGAGGUGCCUAGUGUGGAAAUGCGGAACCAUCUGUAUUAGACCACUUACUGUUGUGUUUUUAAAGACUUAUUA